CGGGAAGAUUGCGCAUGCGAGCACAUGGCAGCAAACACAUGAGAUUCGCCGGCAUAGAAAUGACAUAAAAUUCAUCACUACGGGAACUUUAAUGAACUAUUUUAUUUAACUUUCAAAGACAUUUGUAGAUAUGGGUAACAAAAUUUCAGCUGCAGGUCCAAAUGAAACUACAGGUGGCAUGUCAUUGUCGCCACCGCCGCUUCACCCACCACCGGCAUCAUCUCAGUCAUCCACAGAAACACCAAAACCAACCGAACAAACAGCGGCUGACAAUAAUCCAGGGACAUUUGAAGAGCUCCACAGAAAAUGCAAAGAUAUAUUUCCCCAAUGCUUCGAGGGAGGAAAGUUUAUCUUUUCAAAAGGAUUAAGCAGUCAUUUUCAAGUCAGUCAUACCAUUAAUCUUAGUACAGUAAAUCCUGCAUCAUCUGGGUACAGAUUUGGUGCUACAUAUGUUGGCUCUAAACAAUUAGGACCACAAGAGAUGUUUCCAGUGGUUUUAGGUGAUAUGGAUGCUAGUGGUAAUCUCAAUGCCAACAUCAUUCAUGCAUUUUCACAGAAUAUUAGAACAAAGCUUGUAACACAGAUUCAAGACAGCAAAUGUGUAGCAACACAAGCAGGUCUAGACUACAGAGGUUCAGAUUAUACAGCAUCUCUAACUUUAGGCAAUCUAGAUGUAGUCAAUAUGUCAGGUAUUUUAGUUACACAGUACUUGCAGAAAGUUACAUCACGGUUAUCAAUAGGUGCCGAGUUAGUAUGUCAGUAUGGUCCUCAAGUCCCUGGAGGAGAAUUUACAGCUUUAUCUGUAGCCUCUAAACUUACUGGUGAUAAAUGGACCUUAUCUGGUAAUAUUAGUCCUUUAGUUGGUGGUGCUCAUUUAUGUUAUCAUCAUAAAGUAACAGAAGAAUUAGAUGUAGGAGCAGAAAUAGAGACUAGUCUAGCUCAAGGAGAGAGUGUAUGUAAGCUUGCUUACCAACUGGAGGUUCCAGAAGCUUCCAUAACAUUCAGAGGUAGUGUUGAUACAAACUGGGGAAUAGAAGCAACACUGGAGAGAAAAUUAUUACCGUUUCCAUUCACAUUUGCUUUAAGUGGAAUGGCUAGUUUAGCUAACUUUCAAAAACCUCAAUACCGAUAUGGUAUAGGACUAAUUAUAGGAUCAUAGCUUACAUUAUAUUUUACUAAUUAUGUACAAAACUGUGUGUUUAUGAAUUAGGUUGUGUGUAUGUGUGAUGAAGUAUAGAGGUAUAUAUAUAAAUUCUUAAGAAUACUUCUGAAUGUAGAAUGUCAAAAUACAACUGGAAUAUAUGCCACUAUAGAAUCAGAGAGUAAUGAAAUGUACUUUCACAAAUGAUAUGCUAAAUUUGUUCUGUUCAGUCCUGUCUCAUCAAUGAUUUUAAGUUAUUGAAGAGUUAUUUCCCCUAUAUGCAGGCAUUAUUAUAAAGCAGUCAUCCAGCUAUCAAUAUUGUGGGCAUGAAUACAGCAAUUUGUUGACAUGUUAUUACUGGUAUAUUUAAUCAUUGUUUCAUGCAUUUGAAUAUAUAAAGAUUAUUAAUUAUGCCUUUUUUUCCCAUUCUUCAUCAAAAUAUCUGUGAACUUGUUUGAUUACUUUAUGCUGUCAAAAGUCAUGAUAUUAAAUAUUUUUGAUAAAGAAAAGAGAAAAUGUAACUUUACCUCACUGCACCAUAUUAAAUGGAAUUUGUGUUAAUUUGAGUUACUAUUUUCUCUUUAUUCUAUUUGCCAUUUUUAGGGAAACUGCUGGGUACAUCUAUAACAUUUUGUGUUUAUGCAAGACCAAAUCAUUUGCAUCAAAUUUACUGUUUUACAGCAAAAGUUAGAUUUUGGUAGGAAAAUAUCUGUUAAAAGAUUACCUAUCUUCUAAUCAACUAAUACAUAAUCCAUUCUCAAUUUUAGUACUGGUUUUAAGGUAUUCAAAGUAUUGUCAUAGUUUAAAAAAAAUAGUUAUGUAUGGCCUUAACUGCAAUGAUGUACAAUGUAAUGUUUAUCUUGUUAUCUGGUCAUGCAGAAAGCAAUAUAUUUGUAUAAAGUGUGGAUAAGGAAAGACCUCAUGUCAUGUAUUGAAGGAAUACAAGAAGAAAGUUCUAUAACCUAAAGUUUAAAAAGACACAUUUUUGUCAAUAUUGCAGCCAACAGUUUAUAUAACAUAAGAUAGCUUAUCUAACAAAUAGUAGGCUCUGAGGAUAGUUGUAUCCUAAACCUAGUGUGAUAAUAGAAUUUUUACAAUUGUUUACUUUGUUUAUUUGUAUGUAAAUGCAUUUGUAAUUGUAACAUCAAUUCAUAAAAAGCAUCAAAUUCUUACCCAAGCACAGUGCUAUAAAAAAAAAGAUAUAUUUAUUUCAUUGAGCCAACAAGUUGUUUCAGGUGUGUCAACCCGUCUUAUAGAAAUUAAAUCUUUAAUAAAUAACAAUCUAUAAAAGCUUGGCUUUGGAGUCAUUCAACUUUUUGUAAUAUCAAAGACAUUUUAUCUGUCAAGUCUUUUCUUGUGCAGUAAAAUUGAUAUCAUUAUUAUUAUUGAAAUUCAUAUUGUGAUACAAGCUUUGUAAAUUAAAGCAACUCUCUAAAUGAAAACAUAUAUUCAGUCCAAAUAUUACUUAAAUUCCAAAGCUAUAAAUUAUUUUGAGUGGGGAAAAAACAGACUAUCCUGGUAAAAAAAAAAAUGCAAAUUUGAAACAUAAAUUUUUAUAUGUGUAAUUUUUGCCGACACAGAAGUGUUCAUAGUGUGAUAAAUGUAUACUGAAUAAAUAUGUUAUGUAUCUGUGAAAGAUUGUGUGCAUGUGUGUAUUUGUACACUAGUUGAAGUAUAAGGCACACAAUGCUGAUGUUAUAUGUAUAUAAAUCUUUUAUGAAAUGAG